CACCCACACUUAUCUUUCCAGCUCACGCUCCCUCCCUCUUGGCCUCUUCUCUUCCUUUUCCUCGUCUCUAUCCAGCUCCAGCACCGCCACCUAUAAAGUCCAGCAACCACCAUUGAUCGCGUAGACUUGUCUUGCAGCUGACCGGCCUUGAGCGCGCGCGUAGGAAGCUCACAUCCUAUAUAAGUGCACGCACGCACGUACGUACAUGGCUGCGUGGCUGUCUUCGGAGCUGGCGCGCCGUGCCGCCAGGAGGAUCGCCGGCGAGCUGCGCCGCCGCGGUCCCGGUCCGUGGUUCCCGAGCUCCUCGACCGUGCCGGUUCUUGGACCGACAGCGGGGUACCACAGGGGGUUCUGCUCCGUCCGGCGCUUCGCCGGAGACACCGCUGCCGCUACCGCUACCGCCGAGGACUCGGAUAAUGAAUUCUCCGCCGGCGAGCUUCAGCAGGUAGUAGAUUUCCCUGGAGGGAGGCUUUCCUUUGUUGGUGAAAUGAAUUUUGUGCCAGAGUCACAAAGGGAAAGGAUCAAGUGUUACCGUGUUCUUGACGACGAUGGCGGGAUUAUAUACAGCAGUAGAUUCCAAGAGGUCAGUAAGGAGUUGGCUCUCAAGAUGUACAGUAACAUGGUCACCCUCCAGAUUAUGGAUACAAUCUUCUACGAAGCUCAGAGGCAGGGAAGAAUCUCAUUCUAUUUAACUUCUAAUGGUGAAGAAGCAAUAAACAUAGCUUCUGCUGCCGCGCUUAGUGCUGACGACAUUGUGCUACCUCAGUACAGGGAGCCUGGUGUUCUUCUAUGGCGUGGUUUCACGCUGCAAGAAUUUGCAAACCAGUUGUUUGGGAAUAAGAUGGAUUACGGUAAAGGGAGGCAGAUGCCAAUACAUUACGGAUCAAACCGUCUGAAUUAUUUCACGGUCUCAUCACCUAUCGCCACGCAGCUCCCCCAAGCUGUUGGAGCCGCCUACUCUCUGAAGAUGGACAAGAAGGAUGCAUGUGCCAUCACGUAUUUCGGCGAUGGUGGCACGAGCGAGGGAGACUUCCACGCUGCUCUCAACUUUGCUGCUGUCACGGAAGCUCCAGUGAUCUUCUUCUGCCGGAACAAUGGCUGGGCAAUCAGCACCCCAACUACCGAACAAUUCAGAAGUGACGGAAUUGUUACCCGUGGUCAGGCUUACGGAAUCCGCAGUAUCCGGGUAGAUGGCAACGACACUCUUGCUGUGUACAGUGCAGUUCAUGCUGCUCGGGAAAUGGCUAUAACUGAAGGAAGGCCUAUUUUGAUCGAGGCGAUGACUUACCGAGUCGGGCAUCACUCGACAUCCGACGAUUCAACAAAGUAUAGGCUGGCUGACGAGAUCGAACAUUGGCGAACAGCUAGGGAUCCCGUCUCCAGGUACAGAAAAUGGGUUCAGGGGAACAGCUGGUGGUGUGAUGCUGAAGAGACUGAACUGAGGAACAGUGUGAGACAAGAGAUUCUUCAAGCCAUUCAGGUGGCUGAGAGGAUCCCUAAGCACGGGCUUGCGGAGCUAUUCACCGACGUUUAUGAUCAAGUUCCUUCCAACCUCCGCGAGCAGCAGCGGUCGCUGCUGGAUACCAUCAAGAAACACCCUUCAGACUACCCAACUGAUGUCCCUGUAUAGUCCUAAUUGACCACAUGUCUCCAAUGUUGUUGUAAGUAUGGUGAAUGAUGAUUUAGGUACAUAGCAUUAAUAGUAAUUAUGACCACAAUAAAAA